AGCCCACCUAUGAAGCUGUGAUGCAGAUGGAAUACCUGGACAUGGUGGUGAAUGAGUCAAUGAGGCUGYAUCCUAUUGCCAGUCGAUUGGAGAGAAUGACGAAGGCCUCAGUUGAAGUGAACGGAGUGACCGUCCCAAAGGGAACUGUCAUCAUAAUACCAGUUUACACUCUGCACCGGGACCCUGCUUUGUGGCCUGAGCCUGAAGCCUUCAAACCUGAAAGGUUCAGCAAAGAGAACAAAGACAACAUCGACCCCUAUGCCUUCCUACCCUUUGGAGCUGGACCAAGGAACUGUAUUGGAAUGCGAUUUGCUCUCUUGUCGAUGAAGCUGGCCUUAGUCAUGGUCCUCCAGAAUUUUAGCUUCAUUACCUGCAAGGAGACACAGAUUCCGAUGGAGCUGGGAGUGGAUGGUUUUACCAGUCCUUCAGUGCCCAUCAAACUGAAGCUGGAGCCCAGAGCCAAUGAUUCUAUUUCAAUCUAACUCUGAUUGUGAGGCAGUUACCGGGCAGCUCUGACCCUAACCUGCUUCAAAAUCAAGUCACCAGUUUAUGUACCGCUUUUAGAAAAAAGAACA